AUGGCCCCUCUCAUUUCUUCUCCUCUCUUUAAUCUUCUGCUUAUUUCUUUCACUUUUCUCUCAUUUUUUCUGAUUAAAAGCUAUGCUUUGGAAGGAAGAAAAGUCAUAGAAAGCCAUUAUCAUACCGUUGAAAUCAGUUCUCUACUGCCUGCCUCAGUCUGCAGCCCCUCCACCAAAGGUCCCAGCAAGAGGCCAUCUACAUUGAAAGUUUUCCACAGGCAUGGUCCGUGUUCUAAAUACAGCCAAGACAAGGCCACCCCAUCCCUCGAUGAGGUACUCUCCCAUGACGAGUCCCGGGUUGAAUCGAUCCAUUUUAAGAUCAAUCACAACGUAGACAAUGACAAAAUUGAGGAUAAGAAAGCCAUCGUUCCGGCCAAAUCUGGUCAAUCACUCGGCACAGGAAAUUACAUUGUAAGCCUUAGCCUUGGAACACCCAAGAAAUCCCUGUCCUUGGUUUUUGACACUGGAAGUGACCUAACAUGGACUCAAUGUCAACCUUGUGCUCGUUCUUGCUAUACACAAAAAGAACCAAUUUUCAACCCUACUGAAUCGACCUCAUAUUCAAAUGUCUCGUGUAGUUCAACUCAAUGUUCUCAGCUCUCCUCGGCGACCGGAAACAGCCCAAAGUGCUUUAGCCAAACAUGUGUGUAUACCAUACAAUAUGGUGACCAAUCCUUCACCAUGGGAUUCCUCAGUCAAGACACAUUGACCAUAUCACCAUCAGAUGUAGUUCCAAACUUCUACUAUGGUUGUGGCCAAAACAACCAAGGCCUGUUUGGCAACACGGCCGGCAUACUAGGCCUCGGCCAGGAUGCUCUCUCUAUUGUGUCCCAAACCGAGCAAAAAUAUGGAAAGUACUUCUCAUACUGUCUCCCAUCAUCAUCCUCCUCAUCUGGACACUUGACAUUUGGAAAUAGUGGAGUUUCAAGCAAUGUGAAAUUUACCCCUUUUGCUAACUCGCAAGAUACAUCAUUCUAUUUCAUCAACAUUCUAGGAAUCAGCGUGGGCACGACUCAGUUGUCCAUUAGUCCAUCCGUGUUCAAGACUGCAGGCACGAUCAUAGACUCUGGUACAGUCAUAACUCGACUCCCCCCUGAUGCCUAUAGCGCUUUGAGGACCGAGUUCAAGAAAGGGAUGUCAAAGUAUCCAAGUGCACCGGCCUUCUCGAUAUUGGAUACAUGCUAUGAUCUUAGCAAUUAUACCACAAUAACCAUUCCAAAGAUUGGUUUUACUUUCGACGGCAAUGUGAAAGUGGAUAUAGUGGCUAUGGGAACACUUGUCGCUGUUGACUCGUCCCGCGUGUGUCUGGCUUUUGCAGGAAACAGUGAUGCCUCGGAUAUUGGCAUUCUCGGAAAUGUCCAACAGAGGACGAUGGAAGUGGUGUAUGAUGUUGCCGGAGGGAAGCUGGGAUUUGGCCCUGGUGGAUGUUAA